GGAAUCACGUACUGGUAGAUUACUGCUCCUCCUUCAUUAUUUGUGACCCACCAAGACGAGGUGAGCUUUUUUUAAAUGAAGUAUUUAAACAGAGCUGCUGGCAGAGGCAUAAUCAGUAUAUCCUGUUUAGAAGUAGUUCAGGUGAUCGUUGUGGUUCUUAUAUCAUGGUAGAAAAACUCUUCUUCAGAUGCAUUGUAAUUGUAAAUAAGAAUUCAUCUUUAAUUACUCACUUAUAUAAAAUAAAGCUAUAACCAAAGUGUACGUUUAAAUUUAAGUGGGGAUGGAGUUCAAAAUCAACAACCACAAACCUAAAUUUUCACCAGCAGCUCUUUUUCGCUAACCUGCUCCCUUCUGCAGCGCACGUCAACAAAUGUCUCUUAAAAGCAUUUGAGUUGUUCAUGGUUACUACUUUCUGUUCAGCUUUAUGUCAUAGAUCAGAGUACUGUACUUUCUUUAAAACUUAUUUUGAUUAGCAGUUCUUCAGGUGUUAUAAAGUUUCCCUGUGGACUCUGGCUGCUUUCCCCCCCCCCCCCCCCCCCCAACUCUUGGUCAGUAGAGUGCCUGCCUAUUGUCAGAGGAACGAGUUUUUUUCAUCAAGCUUAACUCUGACCUGUGUGAGUCAUUCAGGCAUACAAAGUUCUGUAAACUGAAAAUAUGAAAAAGUCAUAAUUAAAACUAUGAUGUGAGGAAAACGUGAUCCUAAAAUUAUUUCUGAACAUUACAGUGACUACUGAUUAUAUCCUGACUUUCUUUCUGUCAAGGUGCCUGCCGGUCUUUGUUAACUUGAGCAUCUCAGUCAAUUAAAGUAAGAGGGUGAAAAUUGGUAGCAGGGAAGCUUUGUCCAAUUGGUCAAAUAUUGACAUGGGGCUGGAUUUGCGUUCAUGAUACUUGAAAUAUUAAAUAAAAUACUGUACUGAGGCAGAUCUUCAUAAUUGCUACAUUAUGCAUGUUAUUUGAUAUAUUGUGUCAUAUGCAGUAAUAUUAAUUUUUAAAUACUUGUAACAAGUAAAAAUAUUUUAGCUCCAAAGAACUACUAACUUAAAUUGACAAAAUUUCUAUUAUGUCUUAACAGAACAGGUUUCCUCUUUUUUUCCCUCCUGUAGUUUGGCAGAGCGGCCACAAGAUGGCAUUGCGCCGCGCAAAAGCGGUGACUCCUCUUUAGAUUAAACAGCAAACAGCGAGUGAGAGAGAGAACUGGUGAACAUUGAUCGAUUCUUUUUAAUGUUCAGUUUAACGUAAGUUUCAUGUGAAAAGAUUAGUCGCUCGUUAGACAAAUGCUUGAAUGCGCUAUAGAAAAAGUAAAGGUGAGUAUUUUUAAGCUAACCCGCAGCUAGCAAAUUUAGCAAUGUAACAUAGCUAACAUCAUCAAGUUCAGGGUUUAUUCAGCCGGGCUAGUCGUUAGAAAAAGUUUUUAUGCGUCCUGUUUUAGAUUUCUUGAUCUGCCUAAUUACAAGAGCUAACAGUCAGCCUUAACGUUUUGUUUUUUUUUUAUCAGUGAAGGUCGUAGACCUUCACUCCAGCAUGGAAAAAGACGGACCUUACUACACGUGUUCUUCUUUUAGACCCUUAAGAAAUCGAAAACUUUUAAGAUGAAUCAGAAAUGUUCAGUCUGGUUAAAAAAAAAAGAGAGAUUAUUAUAGAUUUCCAAGUUAGACUACAAAAUUUAGACCCGUCCCUAACAACUGGAUUUUGCUGAAGUUAGCAUCCGAUGUAGCACCAAGGGGGUUUCCGCUAAAUUUGACUGGAACUGGAUUAUUUUCAAAACUAUGUCCAUCCUACACCGUGUGUCUUACAGAAUAUGUGAUGUCUAUGAUAUAAUCCAAUUUAAAUUAUUAUUUAUAAAUUAUUUAAAAUUAUAUUUUGUUUGUUCUGAAAUUGUAAGUUAUCCAUAAGCAGCAAGGCAACCCCAGACCAUCACACUGCCAUCACCGUGUUUGAUGCUCAGGUCAUAACGGUACAGAUGUGAGAUGGACCAUUGUACUCUCUCUGCUCAGCAGUGAUUUAGGCCUUGAAACGUUCUCAUGGAUCCAAACCUCUACCUUACUGCUGGGUUAACCAUGACAAAUGUAGACUGCAGUGCUUUGUUGCUCCUGAAUGAGCUGUUAAAACCCUUUUGGAUUAACUUUGGUUGGCCGGCUGCUUCUGUACCAUCAUCACCGUGGUUCCCUCUAGUCCAGAAGCCAUAGAAAUUGCUUUGUAAACCCUUUCAGACUGAUGGAUGUCAAGAACUUUGUAGACCAAGACAUAUUUUUGCGUUUGAAGAGCUUUUCGCCUAGGGCUGGACAAUAAAUCAAUACAACAUACCGCAAUGAACACGUGAUCAAUACCGAUACAUGAUACAUCUGAUCGAGUAUUCAAUGUACAGAAUAUUCACUGAACUCCAAUCCAGAACCGCACAGCAUUCUGGGAGAUGUAGGCAGAGGAAAAGCUUUAACCGCUGGACCUCUCACUGUGAGCCAGGCCAGGUGAGUGGAAUCAACUAACUCCUCCCCCCUGUUCUUGGGCUACGUAGCAACAACCUGUCAAGUAACAGCAGCAGUUUCAGGUUAAAAAUAAAUCUAAAGGCGUGGAAUAAAAACUGUAGAUAAAACAGGAAAGGUCGCGCCAGUAUUUCAGAUAUUUAAAACAAAAUCUAAUUAAUAAUUAAUGAUAUAGACAAUUACUGAUAUCGACUGAUAUCAUAUGCUUCUAUCAUGAUAAGUUUUCAGCCACAUCGUCCAGCCCUACUUUUCGCCGACCUCAUGUUGUCAGACAGGUUGGGUUUAAGUUUCUAUUGUUUCUAUUUGAUCUGAUUUCAUGUAUAUAAGUUUGAUAAUCGUAUUUAUUUGUUCCACAGAUCCGGCAGUAACCAGCCCUUGGUGUGACUCAUUAAACGUAGCCCCAAAAAAUGUGAUUAAUCACAGGAUCUUGUGAACAUGCAGAGGUUCUGGUGGCCCGGCUAUGAAAUGCAGCUUCUUGAACAGCUGCAGACGCAGCAAAACCGUGCCCAGUUCUGUGAUACCCUGCUGCAAACUGAGGGUAUCGCCAUCCCAACCCACAGCUGUGUCCUCGCCGCCCUCAGCCCUUACCUGAGCCAGAGGCUGUCGGACUCUCCCUCCCCUCCAUUGGGGCAGAAGCGCCUGCUCCACCUGCAGGAGGUGACGGCCCACACCUUACUGAAGCUCGUUGGACUCCUGUACUCCGGCCGGCUGGAAGUUAAAAGCAGCAAGGAGCAGAACGACGUUCUGGCCGCUGCCCACAAGUUUGGAAUCUCUGACCUCGUGUUGGGAUGCAGAGAUGGGGAGAGGAAAGGCGUAGAGCUGCUGGAACGAGGGCGGAGGUUUCACACGGGAGAAGGCACAGAGCCGCGCAAAGGGAUGGAAAUGCAGGAUGCACAGGUUGAGUCUGAGAUAAGUGGAAAGACGGAGAAUGAUUCUCUUGUUCAAAGGAAAAGCUUUUUAACUGUUGGGACACAGACUGUAAACAAUACUCUGAUGUCUGUGGCCAGUCCUGGUCCUCUUUCUGAUCAAACUCCUCCAACUAUAGAAACAGCAUUUUCUGUAUCAAACUCGUCUGCCUCACUGCUACCUCAAAACCUCUCCAAGUUUUCGCUCACUUCUUACCUAACCGUCCACAGCGAGCCAGAGUCUACAGCUGGACAGUCCUCUGACUGUUUAACACACUCCUCAUCCUUCUCAGCUUCGUCCAGGUACAGAGGGACGGUGCUACCGGUCGCCAAUGACGAUGUCGGUUCACCAACAUCUCAUGAAAAGAACAUUUCCAAACAGUUGGUGGAGCAAGAGAGGCCAGGACAGGAAGAUGGAAACGCGACUGUGGAUGGAGGGAGUUGUUCUCAGCCAAGAGGAGUCUGCAGGGAAACGAUACGGGGAGAAGAAAAGGAGAAGAGCAACUCAAAUUUUAGAAGAAGUGGAAAGAAUCUGGACAGGAUGAAAGAGGUAGAGCAGAUGAUGGACUCUGCACAGAUUUCUGUCAAGAUGAAACUGAGGAGGAGGACUGAAGGAGAAGAGUGGGAGAUUGUGGAAGAUGCAGAUGAGACGGCAUCGGUUCCUACCAACCCGAAUCAGAGUUGCUCCAAUCAGAAACCCCCUCAAUUUGCUCCUAAAGUUGUCAACUCCCCUGCUCACUCUGUCCAUCCGGUCCAGAAGCCAGAAGCCCUGAAGGUCCAGCUUGUCUUAACCUCCUCCCCCCAGCCUCCUAAACACGCCAACACCAGCUCGGACUCGGAGGCGCGCUCCAGCGGCUGGCUCUCUCUGAGCCGCAGCAGCGAGCUGGAGUCCGAGGGUCGCACGCCGCUUCAGGGUCCCACGGAGGAAUCUGAUGAGAAGAUAGACAAGCUGUUGGAGAACAUCAUAAUGAGCAUGAGCAUGCUGCCGGACCUGGGCAGGAGCUGCAGGAAGACGCAUGUGAACCACGACAACUUGCCGACCUAUUGCCAGGUCCCUGGUGCAGAGAGCGGGGUGGGGCCGACUGCGCCUCUCUCUGACGUCUGCACAGAGGAGUGUGUUUUCUGCCAAGACCUGGGGAGGCAGGGGAGCCACUCAGACACAGACACAGGGCUCCAUUACUGUUUUGGAGCUCAGAACCAAUCAGGCUACACAAACCCCUCAGCUGCACACACUGCUCUGCAGACAGAGCAACCACAGCACUCAGAGUUCAGAUCCUUUGUACCGAUGGAUGGGCUGAGCUGGACCGGAGGAGAGAGCUCCCCGUAUCCCGUUUCGUGUUUCUCCAACGGGCAGAAACUUCACGACUUGAUACUGCAGCAGCCAUUCUGCCAGGAAGACCAAAGCAUCGAGUUUUUGUCUCUCUCGCAUGAAAGCGACUCACAGUCAGCCGAUGCGUUUUCCCUGCCAACUAUGGAGGACUUGAGGCUGCCACAAUGUCUUUCCCCAUUAGUGCCCUCGGCAGGUCACCAACAGCCCGACCCCAGCGUCUCGGGCCGGAUGGAAAAAGAUGUUCAAAGUCUGCCCUGGCUCACAAAGAACGCCUGCAUGCUGACAUUUCCACUCAACGCCAUCACAGCGGGUAAAACUGAGCUGCUGGAAGCGGACAGCAACACACAGCAGUCGCAAAGCUUCAGGAAGCUCACGCUGAAAAACGAAGGACAGGGAGGCCCUGCGAAGAGUGUGGGACAGAGAGAAAUAAAACCCAAACGAGAAAGAAAAACUGACGCCAUGAAGAGGAAGAAAAACAAACACGAUGCUGCAGAAGACACGGCACCGCCCAAGAGGAAAAGAAGGCGGCGACCGGAUUCUUGGAGAGAGUUGGCUAAAGUUUCAUCCCUGGACACAGAAGUCAUAAAUGCAGCAACAACAGUUUGUUCUGUGAGUUUGUCGUGUAAGAACAUUCUGAUGAAGCAGAGAGAAAUCGGCAUCAGCUCCUUAAACAAACCCCCGUCAGCAUCAACAGCCACCGGCAACGAGAAAUCCAGAGAACCCGGAAUGCUCUGCACCAAACAGCCGCGGAUCAAAACCAGGGGCUUCGUUAAGCAGUCUGAGCGCGACACGAGCAACGCCGUCUCAGAUAAGUGCUGCGUUUUAAUCCCGAUGAUCCGCCAGCCCGUCUUGGUGCACAAACAAGAUCCAGCCGUGACCAAGAGGAGACGUGGGAGACCGCCUAAAGUAAAACUUGAGAAUUUUCCAGAAGAUGCCGGCGCCAUCUUUGAGAACAAGGGUCAUGUUGAGGCCGGCGAGGAAAUAUCGGAGAAGGAAUCGCCAAUGGAAGACAUAAAGUUUGGAAAGCUGAUGAGCAGCGCAGGCGAGGGAGAGGCGAAGCAGCUGAAGAAGACCACUAGUGAUGAGAGCUCUGGAAAAAACAAAACUGAUAACAUGAAAAGUGGUGGACCGCAGAAGCAGUCGUGGAUGGUGACUCUGAAGGAGUUCCAAAAACUGAUUAAACGCAAACACUCCAAAACAAGGAAAGGGACUGAAGUCCAAGACAGAAACAAACCUGCGGAUGUUGGAGAAUUAGAAAAGCAGGCACAAAUAGACAAGAGUGGCACCUCAGAGACUCACAGCCAGGCGCUUUUUGAUGCUACAGUUGUUGAAAAUCACAACCAGCUUCCCAACACGUCGGCAGCUGCGUGUAAAACGAGCCUUCAGGAUGUGAUGAUCAACUCAGAGGCCAGGAAGAGCUGUGGUUCAGGCGAGGAGGACAGACCGGCCUUUUCCUGCGACGUUCUAGAAGAGGAGAAACAGUCUGCUGCAAAUCUUGAUGAAGGUGCGGAUGGCGGCAGCACUUUGUCCGGCUGCAAUGAGAAAGAGGAGGACGAAGAGGUGGACGUCAUACUUUACUCUCCUGACAAAUUUUCAACCAGAGAGUUAGAAGAAAGGGUGGUCGUCAUUCCAGAUGAAGAGGAGGAGGACGAGGAUGUUAUCGAGAUAGAUGUCAUAGGAGAUGAAGAAGAAUAAUGCUUUGUUAUGGUUUUUGUUUUUUUUACCAUGUUUGUUCAGCAUUUUUAAUAGUUACAUAUUUUUAUAUAAUUUUUGGAGUUCAUUCGUUUCUAUCUGGAAGAUGCUUAUUUUUAUUCAAUCAGAAUUUAGUUUUCCACCAGAUUUAGUUAAAAAUGUACCGUUGGAGUGGAGGAUGUUUACAUUUCUGUAUUAACAAGCAGGAGGAAAGUUCUCACUGUUGUUUAUAUUUUUCAAAUAAAUUUGAAUGAUUUCUGUGAAAAGAAAAUUAGAAGCUAUUAAGUUGAAAACAUUCCUAUGUGUAAAAUAUAAUGUUAUGUUUAUUAAAACGUUGUCUUUUCA